AUGGAGGAGACUAAUGUUAUCCAAGGUAUCGGCAACAUUGGGUUUACACUUCCUGUUGAAAACGUGCAAGAACUAGCUUCCAAGAACACUACCGACAUCCCAAAUCGUUACAUUCGACCUGAAAUGUGGGCAGAUGAAGUUUCAGUUGAUGAGUCAUUACAAAUUCCAGUCAUUGAUAUGAGCAAGCUGGCAACUGGGAACAUCGGAUACGAAACUGAAAUGUCAAAACUUCAUCAGGCUUGCAGGGAUUGGGGAUUCUUUCAGCUGAGUAAUCAUGGAGCAACGACUGAAAUCGAAAAUAUGAAGGUGGCUACACAGGAGUUCUUUAACCUGCCAUUGGAAGAGAAGAUGCUCUAUGCACAACAGCCAGGUGGUCUUGAAGGAUAUGGACAAGCAUUCGUUAUGUCGGAAGAUCAAAAACUCGAUUGGUGCGACAUGCUCUUCAUCUGUCCUGUUCCCGAGUCUAGAAGGAAUUUGAAUUUCUGGCCUAACAAUCCUACAUCUUUCAGGUCAACCGUAGAGGAAUACUCGCGCGAGUUGCAAAGAAUCUGCAUUGAUCUUUGUGAGUUGAUGGCCACAAAUCUCAGGGUUGAAUUCAAGGAACUUUCCGGCAUGUACAAGGAAGUAGAACAAAUGAUAAGACUGAAUUAUUAUCCACCUUGCCCCCAGGCAGACAAGGUUGUCGGCUUCACUCCGCACUCUGAUGGAACUCUUCUAACCUUAUUGGUUCAAGUCAAUGAAGUCGAAGGUCUCCAAAUCAGGAUAAAUGGUAAAUGGAUACCUGUUAAACCUCUUCCAGGAGCCUUCAUUGUCAACGUUGGCGAUUCCAUGGAGUGCAAGGAAAAGGGAGUACUUUUGUUCGAAUUGUUGCGAAAGAAGGCACCAUAA